UCGCAAUGGUGUAUACUACAUAAAUAUACGUAAACGUAAAAGUGCUUUUUGUGUUAUAUUGUAAUUAUCGCUUCUCGCUCCUCCUCCAGCAAUGCGCUAAUGGCAAGAAAAAAGAUCAGAUGGAUGGAUGGAGCUUUUCUUUAUGUGUUCUUGGUCAGUAAUUUCAUACUAAGUAAAUUCUCUAUAAUCCCCUGUCGUCUGGUGCUCCUGGCUGCACUCCUGCUGAGCAGAGAUGCUGACGCUCUGCAGGUGAUUGGUGGAAGUGUGACAGUGGUUCAAGGAGGUACGGCCAUCUUACCAUGUCAUGUCACUGAUACCAAUGAUGACCUGACACAGAUUACCUGGCAAAGGAAGACGAGAGAAAAACCUCACCAUGACAAUUUUAUUACUAUCCAACCCAGAAAUGGACUCCAGUUUGUCAAUGGACAUGAUGAUAGAUUUAAAUAUGUCGGAAUUUUUAAUGACAAAAAUGGAACUCUCCAGUUAUCCAAUGUUACCCUGAUGGAUGAAGGCAGCUACACGUGCAUCUUCACCUUGUUUCCCGGUGGAAAUCAGAAGACUGAGAUACCUCUAAACUUGCUCGUGCCUCCUUUCACACACAUCAAGGACAAUCUUCCCACUUUGGGCACAGAAGAGGUUUUAUUUGCUACCUGCACGGCUGCUGGAUCGAGACCUCCCCCAGAGGUGAGGUGGCUCACUGAUGCUUUGGCAGACAAAGUGAGGACAACAACAAACUCCACCCAGUAUGACAACGAUACGACUACCACAGUCAGCUCUCUGUUUGGCGUUCCUACAAGAGAGAUUAACGGUCACAAGGUCCAGUGUGUCAUCAGUGGUGACUCCCUGGCUAAGGAAGAAACCCUGCCCUUCACCAUACAGGUCUACUUCUCUCCUACAGAAGUGAACAUUUCAGUGAUUUCAGAAGACUCAUUUGAGUGUGUGACAGAAGCCAACCCAAAUGCAAACUUUACCUGGAGCAGAUCUGGCCAGUCUUUCCUGGAGUCUGCUGUCAAAGAAGAGGGUGCAAAGCUACAACUGCUGAGUCUGACCGCUUAUCUAAAUGGCCUCUAUGAGUGUGAAGCAGCUAACUCAUAUGGAAUAAAACAUGGUCAACUAUAUGUGCAUGUGGCAUCAGGAGCAUGCUCUGCUGCUUGGGCCUUAUUUGGUCUUUUGCUUUCCUUGAAUGUCAUUGGAGCUACAUGGUUCUUUUAUAAAUCUGGGUGUUUUCAAAAGUGCUUAGAACAAUAA